CAGCUAAUAAAAUUUAAAAAAAGUUAUAUUUUUGUUCGGAGUCAAGUGCUUAUUUUGGGUUAAAGUGAACGAUAGGAUUUUCCCUAUAACCUCGUUUUCAUCUGUCAACACACAGUUCAAGAAAUGGUUGCAUCAACAUCUGGGUUAUGAAUCUUUUGCCACGAAGUGCCUCCUUGUUUAUAGUUGUGACACAGUUAUUUAAGACAGGACCACCAACAGCAAGCUUCUUUUCUAUGGGAGAAAUGUCAUCAAAGAUCCAGAUGCCUCAGAAGGAUGAAGCCCUUGCAGGUAGACUAGAGAAAAUGGUGGUAUCACCUAAACAUGCGGUAAAUGGUAAUACUAUCAAAGAACCAUUCCCUGAAGGCAUGGAGAUGGCAAUGUUUGGACUUGGAUGUUUUUGGGGAGCAGAAAGAAAGUUUUGGAAACACAAAGGAGUAUUUUCUACUAUGGUAGGAUAUUCUGGUGGAUUUACACCUAACCCUACAUAUAAAGAAGUUUGUUCAGGUGGAACAGGUCAUAAUGAAGUAGUCAGACUUGUGUUUGAUCCAAAGAAAACAUCUUAUGCAGAUAUUUUAAAGUUAUUUUGGGAAAGUCAUAACCCAACACAUGGAAUGAGACAAGGAAAUGAUGUUGGCACCCAGUAUAGGUCAGGAAUCUAUUACUAUGGGGACCAGCAAGAACAGGAAGCUAAGGAAUCUCGUACAGCCUAUCAAAAACUUUUAACAGAAAAAGGCCAUGAUAAAAUAACAACUGAAAUAUUACCUGCUGAAGAGUUUUACUACGCUGAGGACUAUCAUCAACAAUAUUUACAUAAAAAUCCAAACGGAUAUUGUGGACUUGGGGGCACUGGUGUUUCAUGUCCUAUAGGUCUGUUUGCAAAAAAGUCUAAUGCCAAAGAAGAAUUGUGAUUCAAUUUUUUCCCCCCGAAGAUUUCACAUUCAUUGCAUAGUUUGAAUAAUGUAUUUCUUGAUUAAUUAAUUAUUAUUAUCUAACUUUAUUUUUAUUGUAAUAAAAAACAGAAUAGUAAUUAAUUCACCAUUAUAGAAAAGGUCCUAGAAUAUAUUAUCACACAAUAGCAAUAUGUUGGUGAAAUGCAGAUUAAAAAAACUUAGAAAAAAAUGAAGAUGUUGGAAUGUUAAAGUUAAAAAAUAUCAAUAGCUUAUUUUUGAUAUUUUAUGUUCGAUUGUUUUCAAUUCAGGAACUAUUGUGUUAGGGCAUAUUUUUCAAUAAAUCAGUGUUGUGGAACUUUAUAUUAACCCUUUCCUCCAUUGAAUUUUAUUUUUUGCAUACUUGAUUUCGCAUAGGAUUUUUUAAUGAAAUUCUGAAAAUAUGAUUUCAAGUAUUAAUGCAUUGCGAAAAACAAAUAUUUCAUCAAAUAAAUUUAAGUAAGAUAUUCCUACGAUAUUCCUUUUCAUAUUGGAUACAAAUUUUAUUUAGUCUACUGCAGACACUUUGUAGUCAAAGCGUUUUAACUAAGGUACUACACAGGCUUCAAAAGUCGUCAUUAUGGAGUAAAGGGGGUGGCGUCAAAAGGCGUCACUAUGGAGGAAAGGGUUAAGGAAUAUGAUUUUGGUGAUUGCAUACUAUCAGUGAAAGAAAAAUAUGUAUGUCGAGUAUUGAAGAAAGCUAUUUGUUUUUUCAACAUUUUCUGUAUUUUAUUAUUUGCUGUGUAUUCAUCAGGCAUUAAUUUAUUUGUAAAAUAAAACAAAUCAAAACAGUUAUAA